AUGAAUAUUACUAUAGAUGUUUAUUUUGCAGAUAAUGCUUUUGGACGUUGCCAAGUGGGGUAUGACGAAGGUGGCGACAUCUAUCGGUACAAUUUGACACCAGAAACUCUUCGUCUACUAGAACAGGAGAUGAAACGUCUCUUCAAUGGCGGUUACCGCUGGAGUCAUGAUUACACCCAGUGCGUCAUGCAGAACAUCCUGUACACCGACAGGCACCACCUGAUGUAUGACCCAGGCCUGUGUUCAAGAGUACUUAAACUAACACUUCCUGCUGUGUGUUUCCUUUCCCAUAUACAGCUUCCACCUACUCAGGUGGAUUUACUCUCAGCUUUGAAAGAAAAGCCGAUUUUCACCGAAGGAGGUACAGAAUGGGUUUCUGUUGAAGACCGGAAAGAACCGGAUGUUCAGGAAGAAUCCGAAGGUCAGCUAUCAUCUCUUCUAAUGACAAAUCCUGAGAUUUGGAGAAAGGAAACGGCUGAUAAAAAACCUAUGUUUAUAAGCCAUCUGAAUGAGUUAAUCGAAAAGAAAGGAAACAACAAAGAUAGGUGGCGCUCUCUUCAGGGAGACAACUUAAUAAAUGAUGUAUUUUCUCAACAAGAUGGCAGAUUCGAUGAAGAUGAAAAUGUGUGGCUGAAAAAUGCGAACUUUUUGAAAAUUUUAAAUACUCAUCCAGAAUUCAGAGAACAUAUAAAUCCAGUAGACAACGUAGACCCGGAAAUAGAAGAAGAUCUGGUGGGGAAAUUUAUGGAUGGUUUUGAGCGGCCAAUGCGCUACGAUGCAAAGAAACCAGGUCCGGCUUAUUACGUCCAUGAGCCCGAGUCCUCGGAAAUCGGCUACCAAAAUGACGUAGUAGUGCCAAAUGACAUUAUGAAAGCUCUCAGCAUCGGUGGAGAAAAUAGUUUUCCCUCGCUAACCCCAGGUGUCGUCAAGAGUCAGCAUCCGCCAUUUUCUCAGUACGCCGAAG